UUACGAAUUUACGAUUGCUUGUUCCAGCGAAAAAAAACAACAUGUAUUUAUUUAAAUUAAAAACAUAAUAAAUGCCUUUACAAAGCUAUAUUUGAAUUACGCUAUAUAUACAGUAAUUAUAUAAAAAAAAAUCAAUUAACUACACGAUGUAUUUUUACGAGCGUUUUUGUAAAUGGCUUGGUCAUCUCAAAUUAUCCCGAGUAAUAUUGUUGGUUUCUGUUAUAUUGUUUGUUGUGCCUCUUGUUACACAUUACUAUUUAUCUAAGUAUGAAUCAACGCUGGGAUCAUUUGGAACAAACCCAAUGCGUCAUACACUCGAGGCUCUCGGGGACCUGUCUACGAUGAAUGUGGCUGACCUGAGGAUUAGAAUUGAAGAGAUGCUUAGAAUCAAGGCUUCUGUAUCGACGGAGUUGCGGGAACUUGAAGCGAGACGCGCCCGCCUGCAAAAAGAGGCGGCGGCGGCAAGCGCGAAAGCCGACAGCGCUAAAGCGGAGCACGCGCGCGCGGCCGCUGAACUGCAGCGCCUCCGUGUCUCAGCAGACCAGGCCCGCCUCGCCCAACUAGAGGCCAUCCGCAGAGACUCCCCGGAACUCGCUCCGCCCAUACAAAUACUCCCAUCCAGACCUCCCCCCAUCCUCUCCCCGCUAAACCCCUCCUCAGAAGUACACUGCCGAAUGUUCUCCUGCUUUGACCAUUCCAGAUGCUCCUUAACCUCAGGGUUCCCCGUCUAUCUAUACGACCCUGACGUCCACGCGCCUUUGGCCGGCGCAGAAGUAGAUGGAUUCCUCAAAACUACAUUACGACAGACGUUGGGAUAUAAUACUCAUUUGACUCGGGAUCCUAACGAAGCGUGUAUCUAUUUAGUCCUUGUGGGAGAAGCUUUUCCGUUUGAGAAAAGCCCCUCAUCUACGACAGAGGGAUACAAACUGUUGUUGAAUGAGACUGCUCUGAAAAGCUUGCCAUUCUGGGGAGGAGAUGGUCGCAACCACGUUCUGAUAAAUUUGGCGAGACGCGAAUUAUCAGUGGGGUCUGGAGAUGCAUUUCGCGGCGUGUCAACUGGGAGAGCGAUAAUAGCCCAGUCUACCUUCACGCACGAUCAGUUCAGAUCAGGGUUUGAUAUCGUGACGCCACCCGCGCUCGGCCCUCCAGGCGGCGAUGUAUGGGCUGACUGCGCUCCGAUUUCUCCAGCCAGAAGAAAAUACUUGCUUAGUUUUCAGGGUUCACAGCCACCAGCUAAGGGUCCGGACAAGGAUCAAGAUAAGAAGUUGAUAGAAUUUCUGCAGAAAACGGUGACGUCACCGGACACGUUUUACUUACAAUUCGAGUGCGAUCCUCCGGUCGAGAAGCGUGCUAUGUUGCCGAUUGGAGAUUGGGCUCUGUGUGGCACCGACCGUUCGAGACGUGCUGUGUUGCGGGACUCUACUUUUGUACUGAUACUCGCGCCAGCUGAUCGAAUCUACACCACGACAGCUCUAUUGCAAGCAAGGUUGUACGAGGCCUUGAGGUCGGGUGCUAUACCAGUGAUCAUGGGCGGCGACAGAAUCAGAUUGCCCUUCGACGAAGUCUUGGAUUGGAAACGGGCUGUGAUCUCACUACCGAAGGCCCGCUUCACUGAACUACACUUUCUGCUGCGCGCUAUGUCGGACGCUGAUUUGUUGACUUUUAGAAGGCAAGGACGAGUGCUUUGGGAAAGAUACCUGAGUUCGGUUCAGGCCAGCGUAGAUUCCUUGUUGGCGGCGAUACGGACUAGAUUGAAUAUCCCGGCCCGACCAGCAAUGCCGACAGUGGGGGUGCCAGGGUUCAACGAGUCUUAUUAUCCCCCUAAAUUGGAGCCACCGGCUGUAGACACUGAACCUGAAGAGACUUUGGGGCCGCUAGAGGCGCCUUAUUCAAGUCCAGCGUACCGGCGAAAUUAUUCGAUGGGACUACUACACGGUUAUGAACUCUGGAACGACUGGGGCGAGCCAUUCGCGUUAUACCCUCAGCUGCCCUGGGACCCGUCUGUGACGUCAGAGGCCAAGUUCCUGGGCUCUGCGGCGGGGUUUCGGCCGAUCGGCGCGGGCGCGGGCGGUUCGGGGAAGGAAUUUAGCGAGGCGUUAGGAGGCGACCGGCCGCGGGAGCAGUUCACGAUCGUGAUACUGACGUAUGAGAGGGAAGCGGUGCUGGCUGCAGCUUUGGCGCGGCUAAGGGGACUGCCGUAUUUGAACAAGGUGGUGGUGGUAUGGAACGGGCCGUCAGCGCCUUUAGCCGGCUCGUGGCCUGAGAGCGGCGCGCCCGUGGCCGUAAUACGAGCAGCUCGCAACUCGCUCAACAACCGCUUCCUGCCCUACCACCUCAUCGACACCGAGGCGGUGCUGUGCGUGGACGACGACGCGCACCUGCGCCACGACGAGAUCGUCUUCGCCUUCAGAGUGUGGCGUGAGCAUCGCGACCGCAUCGUGGGAUUCCCCGGGCGCUACCACGCGUGGGAUCUCAACUUCAACAAUGGGUUCCUUUACAAUUCAAAUUACAGCUGCGAGCUGAGCAUGGUACUGACGGGCGCGGCUUUCGUUCACCGCUACUACUUGUGGGCGUACUGGCGCGCGCUACCGGCCGCCGUAAGAGAACACGUGGACGAAUACAUGAACUGCGAGGACAUCGCCAUGAACUUCCUCGUGGCGCACAUCACCAGGAAGCCGCCCGUCAAGGUGACGUCACGUUGGACAUUCCGCUGCCCGGGCUGCCCGGUGACGCUGUCGGCCGACGAGACGCACUUCCACGAGCGACACAGGUGCAUACAGUUCUUCUCGCAGGUGAUGGGUUAUACUCCUCUGCUCUCCACGCAGUACAGAGCCGACUCGGUGCUGUUCAAAACGCGAAUACCUCACGACAAACAGAAGUGUUUCAAGUUUAUAUAGUGCAAUAGAGACAAACGUUUAGAACAUUUUUGUAACAUCCACCGACGAGUGCGUAUUUUUUCGGGUGAGUACAUACAUUUCCAUUGGACAGUAUUGAGCGCAAUUUUGUUACAAGGUGGUUUACAUUAUUUUUACCCGACUGCGCUAGAAGGAGGGUUACGUUUUUAGAAAUCAUCAACUUAGUAGAUUACUUUAAAAAAUAUAUCUGACAGGUAUGUAACCUCGUAUUUUAUAAUAUGAAGCGUUUUGGUGAAAGUAGUCUGGCACAGUGUCGGUGCCUAUUCAAUUCCUUAAACUCCGUAUUCAUGAAAAUAUGGUACAUGACUCUAUUUUUGAGUUCACAAUUCACAUACGCAAAAUAAAUUCUUUCACCGGUUUUGAAAAGUUUUUGAUGACAAUGUGCGUUCCUCAAAGAGCAGUCUAUUCCAAGCUAUGAUGUUCAUAGUCAUUGGUAUUUUGAAUUUUGGACGCGGAAUUAGUAAAUCUUUAUUUGCAUUACAUCGUACAUAUUUUAUAGAUUGAACAUUAUUUGAAUUUAUUAUAACAUAAGUAGUGAAUAUGUACAGAAUAAGAAAGUGGUUUUAGAUAUACAUAAUACAUGCGUAUAAAAUGUCGGCAUUUUGUUAGAUGCAUUUUUGAUCAUUUAUUAUUGGAUAUACAUUAUGUACUCAUAGUAUAGUAAGUAGUUAUUUUUAAAGAUUUAUUUUACUUGAUAAAUUAAUUCUCAUAUUCAUAGGGAUUAAUAUAAGUUAUUGUGUACAUAUAUAAAUACAUAUUAAGCAAUACAUAGAUGUAAGAAAUGUGUUAUAACUGUGUAUUGUAUUAUUUUGUGACAAUAAGUACAUUAUACAUUAUAUUAUCACUUGCUUGCAUGGUUGUCAUAAUGCCAAAAAGUGAUGCAAUCAUAAAGAUACUUUUAAUAGGUAUUUUUACAUAACAUGCUUGCAAUGUCAUGAUUUAUUUCUUCAAAAGAGUCAGUGAAACUUUUGUAUGAAUUAUUAUUUGCAGUUUAUUUUUUGCCUUAGAAAAUACUAUUUUGUGAGCGAAUAUUAUUAACUCGGUGUAAUAUAAUUAGCAUUUUUAAUUAUUUUUCACUUUAAAAAAUCAUGAUCUUCUUAUACAUAAUGAGUAAACUAGUCCUAAAAUAUAAUGUUAAGAAGACUGACAGAUAUGUUUUUUUUUAUUUUACAGUGAAUUUUUUACAAUAGGGGUGGUUUCCUGGGUAGAAAGAGCAUUAAUGUGAAUUAGUUCGUCAGUUAACUUAUCAAAAAAUACCCAACGUAUUUUUUGCUUCAUAAAAUGAAAAUUGACAGAGAUAAAUCACGCCAAAGCUCAUAAGUAGAGGCCAGUGACGUUACUGCGUGGUAAAAAGUUUAGAACGGUGUGACGUUAUUACUUGUUUGAUUGAGAAAUAAGAAUACAUUGUGUUGUUUGAUAAUAUAAUUGACGGACUAAAUGUUUUUUGGAAACUAGCCUCCUGUCUUUGUUAUUUUGAUAGAUCGUAUGGUAUUAUAAUUUGUGAAUGAUUUUUAUAUCAACCACGCUUUUAUUCGCACAGCCAGUUAUUACCAAAUAAUGAUAAAUCAGUUUAAUUUUAAAAGACUGUGCCUUCUGAGUGUUUAUAAACAUACACACGUAGCAUAAGUUAAAUCUAUUAUAGAGCUAAUUAGGUACGAAAUAUAAAUUAUAAUAUGAAUUGUUAAUAGAUCCCACUUGGCACUAGAGCUCAUUUUAAUGUUCUUGUUUCGUACUAAAAUGUGGUAAAUCCCAUCGUGUACAGUCAGCG